GUGUUAAAGACCUCUAAUUGCUUGUGAAUAAUCUGUGGGCAUUGUACUCCAAAAUGCAGGUGUAGAUGAUCAUAGAUUUUUUGUGCCAAUAGAAAAUAAACUAAAAAGAAGGAUUUAAAGUGUGCGAACCUUUUCUCUACUUUAGAUGAUCAUAGCCAUUAUGUGAAGACAACUGAAACUGUCAUGGUGAGUAGUGUUAAUUGGAAUGAGAAGUUGUAAAUCUAAUAGCCGGUUGAUUCUUUCCUCUUUGUGUGUUUUAUUGUGUAAAGGGCACAAUGACCUCCUCAACCCGAGUUUGGAUUAUCGACAUGCUUAUUGGAAACAAAGAUGAAUCAUAAUUGUGUCAUUCGUCACAAAUUCAAUGACAUGCCACUGGCAAGGCGCCAUCAUGCUUCUGACAGCCAAUAAAAGCACUGGGCCUCGGAUUACUCUAGCACUGUUUCUUGCAUGCUUCCUAUGUCCCGUUUUGGCCUUCAAAAUAUGUGCAUUCAAUGUCCGAAGCUUUGGAGACUCUAAAUCAUCCGAUGCCACGGUCAUGCAGACUCUGAUUCAGAUCCUGACUAGGUGUGACAUUACCCUACUUCAGGAGGUGAGAGACCACAAAGGAAAAGCCAUUCCCAUCCUGCUUGCAGCACUGAAUAGGUUUGACUCUAGACACACUUAUGAGGCUGUGGCCAGUGAGCGUCUCGGUAGGACUUCUUAUCAGGAGCAGUAUGUGUUUGUGUACAGGACAGACACGGUCAGUGUGAAAGAUCAAUAUCAGUAUCCUGACACACAGAAAGGAGACGAGGAUGCUUUUGCUAGAGAACCGUUUGUGGUGUGGUUUCGAGCACCAAAAACAGUUCUGGGGGAUUUUGUGCUCAUACCACAACACACAUCUCCUAGCAAUGCCACAAAAGAGAUCGAUGAACUCUACGAUGUUUUUGUAGCCAUAAAAAGGAAAUGGAGGGUGGAGAAUGUAAUGCUCCUGGGUGACUUCAACGCUGCCUGUGGGUACGUAGCGAAGAAGAACCGCAAGAACGUCCGCCUCUACACUGACCCUUCAUUCAUAUGGCUGAUCGGGGAUGACGUGGACACCACAGUGAAAGAAACAACCACCUGUGCUUAUGAUCGGAUCGUCAUCCAUGGAGAGAAUUUUGCCCAAGGCAUUGUUCCCUAUUCAGCACGUGCUUUCAACUUCGCUAAUGAGUAUGGUCUGACUGAGGAGCAGGCUCUCCACGUUAGUGACCACUACCCCGUGGAGGUGGACCUCAGAGACGGAGGGCUGAGGGUAGCCCCGACUCCUCACCUCCUCCUCGCUGCUCUGUGUUUACUUAUGACUUCGCUCGUAAGCACACUGAACGACUGAGAAGGAGAGAGACUGCCUGGACAAAUGUUUUCCGAAGAACCCAAUUUGACGGGUGGAAUUUGCACUGAAGCUGAGGAUAUGCUAAUGAAUUUGAGGAUGGAUGCUGGUCAUAUUUUUGAAGAGAAGAGAUAUUUUUACCUUACGUUUUAAAUGCACAUUACUAGGAUCCAAAUACCUCUCAAUCAUUUUUUUUCAUGGGUUUGAUAAAAUGCUGACUUUGAACUUAUGCUGCUAAACAGCCUAGUAUCAAGCACAUAUCAAUACUAUAUGGAAUUGUAUUGUGUUGGUAUUUAAAGGUACAGUGGGAAGAAAAUGUGUUUGAUACCAUGCUAAAGUUGCCUAAAAAGAGGAAUAUAAAAUCAUCAUUUGACAAUUGAUCUUAAUGUCUUAAUUAAAAAAAAAUAGUCAAAAUAAAACCUGAUAAAGUUCCCUUGGCCGUUGGAGUUAAAAUAGCCCCACAUCAUCACACACCCUUCACCAUAGCUAGAGAUUCAAAGGCCAAGGGAACUUUAUCAGGAUGCAUAAUAUCCUGGAUCCAUGAAAUAGCUGGCCUUUAAAAAUAGAAAUCUGCCUGCCCCUAUGUUAACCCUAUGUGUUAAAUUCCCAUAGGGUUACAUAGGGGGUCAAAUACUUCCUUCCCCUAGCAUUUAAGGAAAACAUUUAUUUAUUUACGAUACAUUCUUCAAUCACAAAGAAAAUUGGUGUCUUUGGCGGUUUGAUUUUUACUCAUUUUUUUAAUUUGGCAUUAAGAUCAAUUGUCAAAUGAUGAUUUUAUAUGCCUGUUUUAGCAUGGUAUCAAAUACAUGUGCUUCCCACACAUGAGCUAAGUAUAAGGAAUUUACAGUAUGAUUUACAAACAUGUUUUGAGUGUUUAAACAGAACUGAAUACAUUAUCCUUAGAAAUGUUGUAUUUUGUCUAGCAUAAUAUUUUUUGGUGGCUUGAGAUUGCACAUAAUGUUAUGCUGACAUUCGUAAGAUUUCACUUGCAACAAAAAACACAUUUAUUUUUCUUCAUAAUUAUAAAUGUGUAUAUCUUUUUGUUUUAUGCUUAUUUUAUUUCUUUGAAUAAUGGAUUCUACAUGUCCAUGGAAUUCAAUACAGCCUGAAUUGAUAUCAGGCUAGAGCCUGAAUACUAAAUACUGUGCACUUUUUCCAUUACUUUCUAUCUUGUUAGCCUCUUCAGUAAAUCAUCUAUUAUUGGAGAACAGUUGGCUAAUCCAUUGGCUUCUGCCUUCUGGCAUAUAAAGCGCAAAUUCCAUGCUUAUCUAUUUCCA